AGCGGGAUUGCGGCUUUCAUCCAUAGCUUGUUGGUGCAAUAGGACAUGCAAAAACCGCAGUAAGUGGCCAUUGGAAGGGAGCCCUACUUCGGCACCGCAGGAGCCACCACCAGCCGAUCCAUUUUCGCACGGCAUUUUGUGUGUUGCGAUUUUGGCAUGCAGCUUCUGAUUCUGUGGAUUACUACUCUUUUGGCGCGUGGAUUCGCGGGGGCCGCGUUCAGGGCUAGAUUGAUGGCUGCGCGACGGUUGUGAGCCUAGGUCUGUCGGAACCUGGAGGCCUCACACGCAAGACACAGUCGCGACCAACGGGGAUCGCAGGUUGAGACAUUCCAUGCACAAGGACGGAUAGAGAUGAAAGCGAGCAUUGCUACUUCAAUAGGCGUAGUGUGGAGUCAUAGUGGCCACAAAUGUAACAGUCACAACCCAGAAGAUGAAAAGAUGCAACCCAGAAGAAAGAGAAACGACGACGAACCUGUUGGUUCAGUUCUUGUGGAGGGAGGUUCUGUUUAG